AUGGUGAACGUGGAGGCCGUGCUGGGCCACCGCGCCACGCUGCCCUGCGACAUCUCGGCCAACCGGACGGACGACCGCGUGCAGAUGGUCAUGUGGUUCCAGGUCUCGGCCAGCAAGCCACUCUUCACGUUCGACGUGCGGGGCCGCACCUUCGACGAGGCGCUCACGUGGUCGGACGCCAAGGCGCUGGGCCCCAGGGCGCACUUCUCGGCGUCCUCCAGGCCCGCCGCCCUCACCGUGGACGGCGUGGUGCUGGACGACGCGGGGGUGUACCGCUGCCGCGCCGACUUCUCCAACUCGGCCACCAGGAACAGCAGGGUCAACCUCACCGUCAUAGUGCCCCCGCACUCCAUGGCCGUGUACGACGUCUCUGGCAAGAAGGUGAACGCCAGCAUCGGGCCGCUGCUGGAGGGGGACAACCUGGUGCUCAAGUGCGAGGUCCGAGGAGGUCGGCCCGAGCCCACGGUGACGUGGUUCGCCAACGGGCGCCUGAUGGACGGCGUGGUGGACGCCAGCACGCCCAAGGUGAUCGUGAACCGCCUGGACGUGCACCGCGUGUCGCGCACGCACCUCAACACCACGUACCGCUGCCAGGCCUCCAACACCAGGCUCAUCGACCCGCGCCACCAGGACGUGCGCCUCGACCUCAAGCUGAAGCCGCUGUCCGUGCGCCUGUACCCGCGGCCGGCGCACAUCCCCGCCGACGAGGAGGUGCGCUUCGAGUGCGUGACGGUGGGCAGCCGGCCGCAGGCCGUGGUCACGUGGUGGAAGACGCGCCACGCCGGCCGCGACGAGCAGCACUUCGGCGCGCCGCACGUUGACACCCGCGACAACGAGACCAUGGCCUGGUCCGUGCUGACGUUCCGGCCCAAGGCCGCGGACAACAACGCCACGGUGCGGUGCCACGCGGACAACCCCCACUUGGACAACGUGGGGCUGGAGGACAGCUUCACCCUCAACGUCGUGCAUCCCCCCGUGGUGGAGCUCCACCUCGGCGACACGCUGAACCCCAGCAACAUCAAGGAGGGCGAUGACGUCUACUUCGAGUGCAGCAUCCACUCCAACCCGCCCAAGCACCGCAUCACGUGGUUCCACAAUGGCCAGCCCGUGCUGCACAACCUGUCCCAGGGCGUGAUCCUGUCCUCCAAGUCGCUGGUGCUGCAGCGCGUGGCGCGAAGGCAGGCCGGCGGCUACACCUGCCACGCGUCCAACGAGCGGGGCAACACCACCAGCAGGCCCGUGCACCUACGCGUCAAAUUCGCCCCGGUGUGCAAGACCGACGGUGUGGUGGUGGUGGGCGCCGCCCUGCAGGAGCACCUCCGCGUCCGCUGCCGCGUGGCGGCCGACCCCGCCGACGCGGUGUCCUUCUUCUGGCAGUUCAACAACAGCGGCAACACGUACGACGUCCAGGAGUCGCGGCCCGGCCCCAUGACGGCCGACCUGGAGUACACGGCGCUGUCGGAGCGCGACUACGGCACCCUGGCGUGCUGGGCCGCCAACGAGGUGGGCCGGCAGCAGGAGCCCUGUCUGUUCCGCGUCGUGCAGGCCAGUGCGCCCGGCGCGGUGACCAACUGCUCGCUGCUGGCGAGCGGGCCGGGCGGCCAGUCGGGGCGCGUGGACGUGUCCUGCGUGCCGGGCCACCCGGGCGGGCUGCCCCAGUGGUUCUCCCUCAUCCUGCUGGAGCCGCGCUCCGGCCGCAUCCUCUUCAACUCGACGACCGGCGAGGUGGACGCCGAGCCGCAGUGGUCGCUGGACCCCAGCAUCCUGGCGAGCGCGGUGAGCGCGGCGCGGGCGCCCGUGUCGCUCGUGGUGCGCGCGCACAACCUCAAGGGCCAGAGCGCGCCCGCCGUGCUGGACGACAAGCUGGCGCGCGCCGGCAUCGCCCGCCAACAGAUCCCCGAUCUGAUACUGGGCGGCGACGGCUCCGGCAUGGUGGGCGUGGCCGCGGUGGUGCUGGGCGUGCUGCUGCCCCUGGGGCUCGUGGGGCUCGCCGUCGUCGUGUGCAUCGUGCGGCGCCGCAACGCGCUGGGCCUCGCCGCCGGGCUCGACAACAAGGUGAGCCACAACGGGCUGCAGGGCCCCGGCCAGGGCCACGGCCACAAGGGCGGCCUGCCCUCCAGCCGCAGGAACUCGUCGCUGGAGAUCAACGACGGCGACCAGCGCUACGUCGUGUCGUACACGCUCAAGGCCUCGGCGUCCGGCACGCCGGAGCGCGGCAAGCAGCACCUCCGGCCGGACAUUCUCAACACACCCAGAGCAGUGGGCGGCGACGCGGCGCCCAAACCGCCCACGCCGCAGCGCCCGGACUCGCUGUUCACCGAAGCCGGCUCUGGCGGGGCCGGCGCCCCCGGCGGGCUGGUGGGCAGCUUGGUGGGCGGCACACUGGGUCGCCGAACGCACGCCGUCACCACGCCAAUAUCGCCGGGCGGCGGCAUCUCGCCGGGCAUCCGGAGCCUCCGGAGCCAGCAGGGCGUGGUGUCCUCGGCCUCGCUGUCGUCCGUGCCGUCGCCGCCGGACCGCGCGCCGCCGCCCAUCGCAGCGUACCCGCCGCCCUCGCUGGGCACCGCGCACCAGACCCACCAGACCCUCAACGGGUCGCUCCGAAGGACGAAAGGGCUGUUCAACAGCAUCCCGGGCCCAGAGAGCUGUGUCUAAGACCCCGCCGGGCCUGAGGCUCCAGGAAGAAAAACUGUGACAAUAGCUUCGGGUUGUGCGAAAAUGGUGCAAGCGGUGCAAAGUGAAAGUGACACUGUAAAGAAUGGGACGUUCCAUAAUGUUGUCUGACUUGUUUAUACAUAUUGUUACCGGACCAAACUCCUCCUUUUAUGCAUAGAUAUAAACUAUGGCCAAUCUGCUGAUUGCGAUUUCUGUGUCUUCCAUGUGUUGCUUUGUGUGAGGUGGAACUGUUUCUACUAUUUGGCACUCCGGUGCUUUCUAAGAUUCUCUUGUAAACGUAUAAGGCUAUAAAGUGUGGUGCCAUGAAUUGCCUCACAACGGCUGCCCCAAGUGCCGCUCGUUCUGCCCGUUCCGAAUGCCGUUCCGAGCAAGUGAAUCGGGAUCGGGUGGAGUUACUGCCAUCUUUCAUGUGUGCACGCACACACUUGCCAUUAAGAUGGUAUCCGUCGAUGUAGCUAAAUUUACAUAUCUACAUUGAGCAAAACUGCCUAAACAUUUAAUCUGCCCCAGCCACUGAAUUGAAAUGCCCUAAAGAUUAAUCUGUCUGCAUCUACACUUUUCAACCUACUGAUAU